AUGUUGAUGCCAAAGGAAGAAAGAACCAAGAUCCACAGACACUUGUUCCAAGAAGGUGUUGUUGUUGCUAAGAAGGACUUCAACCAACCAAAGCACGAUGAAAUUGACACCAAGAACUUGUACGUUAUCAAGGCUUUGCAAUCCUUGACCUCCAAGGGUUACGUCAAGACUCAAUUCUCUUGGCAAUACUACUACUACACCUUGACUGAAGAAGGUGUUGAAUACUUGAGAGAAUACUUGAACUUGCCAGAACACAUUGUUCCAGGUACUUACAUUCAAAACGCUCAACAAGCUCAAAGACCAAACAGAAGAUACUAA